CACCAGUAUGCUUCGUAACAUCUGCGAGUGACGACACACGCACUAACUCUUUUUCCUUUGGACACACCCGUAACAAUAUUGUACUCUAGUGCUAAUGUUUUAAACAUUCAAAGGUCCGAGUGUGAAAGCAGUAUCAGAAAGAUUCGUCUGUUGUGCGCGCCAUAACAAUAACUGAGCACUUGAAACGCCUCAGAUUUUAUGCCAAAGGCCACAUUUGCAUGAUUAAGGACGUAAAAAGACUUUGCAAGGCUAUUAUCUGGAAGACCCUCCUCCCCUGACGACCGGCCAUGUCUCAGGCGGAAUCCGAACUGGACCAAAAGCUGGUGAUGAACGGAGACGCCGGGUUCCGGGGCUCCCUCUCACCUCGCCUCGCGCCUGCCGUCAGCAUGAACCCUGCGGCGCCUAAGCUAAACAUGGGUGUCGACUUAAAGCCUCAGCAGCAAGGGCUGCUCCGGCCGGGCGUGCGCAAAGACAUCAUCAGGAAGAACGGCGACUGCAACAUCACCUUCUCGAACCUGAAGAAGCGACGAUCUCGUUACCUCCAGGACCUGUAUACCACACUCGUCGACGUGCAGUGGCGCUGGACCCUCCUGGUCUUCUUCCUCGCCUUCAUUAUUAGCUGGCUUACUUUCGCCUUCAUCUGGUACAUGAUCAUCAAGGUCAACGGCGACGUCGACGGCGCUAAGACUUGCAUCGAAAAGGUCGAGACUUUCACGGCAAGCUUUCUCUUCUCGAUUGAGACGCAGCAUACCAUUGGAUAUGGAUCCAGAUACAUCACGGAGGAAUGCCCGGAGGCAGUGUUGGUGAUGUGCAUUCAGAGCAUCACAGGCGUCAUAUUGCAAGCCUUCAUGGUGGGCGUUGUGUUCGCUAAGCUGACCCGUCCCAAGCAACGCACCAACACCAUUAUGUUUUCCCGCAAUGUAUGUAUCUGCAUGAGGGACGGCCGUUUGUGUCUGCUGUUUCGCGUCGGGGACAUGAGGAAGUCCUUCAUCAUCGGGGCCAACGUGAGAGCUCAGGUAAUCCGGAAACGCACAACACAAGAAGGAGAAUUGAUUCCGUACCACCAGUAUGAUGUAAAGUUGGGCAGUGACGACGGGUCUGAGAACCUCUUCUUCAUCUGGCCCAUGACCAUCGUUCACACUAUUGAUGAAAACUCCCCUUUCUACAAUAUGUCUGCUAUGGACCUCAUGAGUGAGAAGUAG